GAUCCUCUCUGUCAGCUGUGGCGUUAAAUAUCUCUAUCUGUAGCUCAGCCGGUCGAUCAGAAAUCAAAUUUAGCUCCUUUAGGGUUUAAGUUAUGGACAAGAAUGCUACGCGGUACAAUGUCCAACUGUACAUUUAUGAUUUAUCGAGAGGAAUGGCCCGCAGCCUCAGUCCCAUCAUGUUAGGAAAACAGCUGGAAGGGAUCUGGCACACAGCUAUAGUCGCAUACGGAGAUGAAUUCUUCUUCGGAGGGGAGGGGAUCUCGAGCUGUUCACCGGGUGGGACGAUGUUAGGACCUCCAGACACGGUGGUGGAGCUGGGAGAGACUGAGGUGUCCGAAGAGAUCUUCAUGGAUUAUCUCUCCUCUCUAGGAGAAAGCACAUACAGAGGUGACAGGUAUCGCCUGUUUGAGCACAAUUGCAACACCUUCACCAACGAGGUGGCCCAAUUCCUGACGGGCCGGAGCAUCCCCACCUACAUCACCGACCUGCCGUCUGAAGUCCUCUCUACGCCGUUCGGACAGCUACUCCGGCCCAUUCUGGACUCGAUCCACAUCGCUCCUCCAGGCGGGAACGUCAUCAACGGAGGGAGGAACGUCUAAGCCGAGAGAGCGCGGGAGUCGGAGCGUUCACAGAAUCACCUUCAUUGUCGUCAGUCAAUCAGAACUUAUAAAAUACUCGUCAUUUUUUCGUCCUUUCAGUACAAAGAUGGAACAUGAGCGCUGAGGUCGAGGGCAGGUAGAAGCUAUAUCUGAUUACUGACAUGCUAAUCCUUAAAAUUUUAUUAUCAUUUCCCUUUCAUAAAUGUAGAAGGUUUGGUAAUAUUAACAGGGGACAUGUUCAAGGAGGCAUCAAACUCAAUAUCCUGAUAAUAAAGUAGAAAUAUCCUAGUGAACCAGCAUAGCCAAGUGUAAAAACAGCUCUUUUUCCUCUGUAAACGCUGACUUUGAUGAAUGUUUUAUUCUUAGAAAUCCAUCUGCAUAAAGUCAGUCAUAUAGUCAGAAUUUAUUCUUUCACUAUCACUGAAAUAUUGCACAUUUUACUCUCGUUGUUUUAUCUGACUGCUGUUACUGAACCACCUGCAAAUACCUCUGAGAUGUGAGUGCAUACGGCUUCUUUAAGACUUAUGUUCACAGGAAAGAAAUGCUCCUCUGUUUUAUUUAAGCUGUGUCUGCAGGAUUCCUAAAGAGACGUGGGCUGGGGAAAGAUCUGGAUUUCUGUGCAUGCAGGAAACUUUCAUGUGCACAACGGAAACUAUGCCUGGAACAUUUACCAAUCAAGCAGUCCAGUUUGGUUUGGUUCAGUAUGCCAGUAUUUGCAUUUCCACUGUUAAUAGUUGGUAAAGCACCAAAAUAACCGAUCCAUUCUAUGUUAGGUUUUUGGCCACUCUUGGUUGGGGUACCAAGUCUGCCUGUCUGACCCUCAAGGAUGAGCACAGACCCUCUGGAAGUUGUGGAUUAUCCAUGCCAAACUGUAUCAAACCAAACUGCACUGCUGCAGGAAACAUUUCCAGAGUCUUUGACGGACAUAUAUCCAUGCAAAUCUAGAUUCUUUCCUCCCACAAUCCCUUUGAGUUUCUUGCAACAAGAAGUAUCCUGAUACCUUUAAUAUGAACUCUGAAAAUGACUUCGCUCUUUUCUGUGUCAGUUUUUAACCGUCCCUUUGAACCCUUAUGUGAAUGUUUUUUUUUCUUUGUUUUUGAGUUGACCUUUUGUCUUAUUUUGUAUGAUUUUGUUUGCACCUUUUUAUGCUGAUAUUAUUGCCAUGUGUUCUUGUAAAAGAGGUUAAAUUAAAUACAU